AUGCGGCCGCUGACGGAUGCCGAGUCGACGACGCUUUUUGAGAAGCUCGCGCACUAUAUCGGAAAGAACCUGGUGCAUCUGAUCGACCGCCCGGAUGAUCCGCACGUCUUCCGUCUGCACCGCGACCGUGUAUACUAUGUGUCAGAGGCCAACAUGCGCCUCGCCGUGUCGAUCGCCCGCCCGAACCUCAUGUCGCUGGGGACGUGCUUUGGCAAAUUCUCCAAGACGGGCAAGUUCCGUCUGCAUAUCACUGCGCUCGACUAUCUCGUGCAGUACGCGCGGUACAAGGUGUGGAUCAAGCCGAACGGCGAGAUGCCGUUCCUGUACGGCAACCAUGUGGUGAAGGCGCACGUUGGGCGCAUCACCGAUGAUACCCCCGAGCAUGCCGGUGUCGUCGUGCUGAGCAUGAGCGGCGUCGGCCUCGGCUUUGGCGUCACCGCGCGCUCCACGACCGACACGCGUAACAUGGACCCGACCAACAUCAUCGUCUUCCACCAGGCCGACGUCGGCGAGUAUCUCCGCGACGAGGAGACGCUCUUUUAG